AUGUGUGAGUUAGUUGAUGGUAAAUGGCUUCGGAAGAAUUCCAGGAUGUGGCCGAUACCUACGACCACAAUUAUUCCAUCCUACUUAGUUAUCGAGCGAGGUUCUACAUGGGUGUUAUUUUCUGAUGGCUAUUUAGAAUGCUUUGAUUCAAAGACACUUGCGAGGACCAAAAGAAUCAAAUCUAUGGAACGACGCAGUGCCCUUGGAUCACAGAUAACAAAUCUGCCGAGUAAUACUCCUUAUGAUUCAGCUAGCCCAUUAACGCAAAGUUACUCGGCCGAGUUACAUUUGCGUGUUACAAUUGCGUGUUACAAUUGCGUGUUACAAUUGCAUGUUACAAUUGCGUGUUACAAUUGCAUGUUACAAUUGCAUGUUACAUUUGCGUGUAUUUUAGAUCAAGUAUGUAUCGCGGAUCAUCACCUAUUGUAUGGUCUUAACUCGAUUGGAGUGGUUAGUAUCAAUAAGGAGACUGAGGAAGUACAUUCUAUAAUCCCAAUCAAGUACCUGGCCUUCUGCGACCAACGCUGGGGUAUAGCAGGAAAGCACUUACUGCUACAGUUUCUCAAACACGGCUUUGUCAUCCCAGACAAGGCGGUGGACGAGGCUAUAAGGGACUACCAAGAGUUGAAAUCCACGUUAUACGCGGGCGGCGAGAGUGUGUCUUCUUCGGAAGUGUCUACCUUCAAGAUGAAGCAGACGUUGGCGCAAAUGUUUGCGACAGGCGUGGUGUGUGCUUGCAGCACGAUGGACGACUUAGUGAGUGCGGGGUCGAGCGAACGGCGGCGUGUGGAAGACGUGGUUCCAACGAGCGGAAGGAAGCGGCGCGGUGGAGGCGACGAAGAUGCGCGACCGAAACGGAUGGCGACGAAGCGGAACGUGCGACAACGUCGUGUUGGUGGUGACGUGCAGUUGCUUGCGGACAGUGCGAUCGACAUGGCCUCGGCGCUCUCUGCCGAGAGUCGUCUGUUUGGCCAAGAUGGUCCGGACGAGCAGGGGGUAUCGGACAAGGCCGCAGGUGCAACGUCUAAUCCGUCGGCUGGUGGUGGUGGUGGUGGUGGUGGUGGUGGGGGUGGUGGUGGUGGUGGUGGACGUGGUGCAGGAAGUCGCUCAAGAGGCCAAACAGUGGCGACAGAGCUGCCUCGGGGUGCAUUUCGCAGUAACUUUGAGCAGUUGAACUUGGAGAUGGCGAAGCAGGUGGUGGAGAAUUUCGUGGCGUUACGAUGGAGCAAUGCAAUGAUAGUACGAUUUACGGCUCGUGCGUUGUUGCAAUCAGCACGGCGACUCGACGGACGUAUAGUGACGCAAGCAACACCUUUUGAGGAGGUGUGUGUGCAAGUGAACCGUUUGGUGCAGCAGGAGAACGAGUCUGGGCAGUGGCAAGAUAAAGAGCCUUUGGCACUGUACGAGAGUGACAAGGUAUUCAAGGCGCUGGACAACAUGAGUCGGCAUGCAGACCGUAGUGUGAAGGUAGUUAAGCGUGAUGCAGGCGCUGCCUACCAACUAGACUGGGAGGCAUGUCGCGGACAUUUGCAGGCGCGCGCACUCAAUGCGUUACUUAGCGCACGUUUUGGAGCGGAUGCCGCACGUGUGUUUGCACUCGUUCUUGACCGUCAAGGACGCGCUACGGCCAAAUUGCGGGCGGAAAGUAACAUGCCCGACCUUGGCAGUAACGAUAACGCGGCCUUCCUCCGCUACAGCCGCUUCUGGAAUGACGCAGAAGUUUCAUCCUACGCACUUCUAGCACCAGAAACCGCCCGCCGAUGUCUCAACGUACUCGCCGCCUCCGGCUACCUAAACAAACACCUUGCAGACUCGGUAGGCGCCUGUCCUCCAACAACACAGAACAAACAUUUCUGGGUCUUCGGAACACGUGAAGAAGACGCACGCCAAACCGCUAUCGAAUCAUGCUACCAAUAUGUCGCCAACGUUUUCGAACGCAAAGAAGUCGAAGUAGAAAAACUACAGAAACUAGCCCUCAAAGCUGACCAGAUGACUGACGAACUUGCAUUUGAAAUGACCUCCCGAGAAAUCGCUGAAGACUUGCUGGAAGCAUCACUGGCCGGAAUUGACCAAACCUUGUUGAUCUUAACUGAACUAUAG